AUGGUGCUAGACCUGGACCUGUUCCGCGCCGACAAGGGCGGGGACCCCGGCCGCGUGCGGGACACGCAGAUCAAGCGCUUCAAGGACCCGGCGCUGGUGGAGGCGGACGGGGCGUGGCGAAAAUGCAGAUUUCGUGCAGACAACCUGAACAAACUGAAGAACCUGUGCAGCAAAACGAUAGGUGAGAAGAUGAAGAAAAAAGAGCCUGUGGGUGAUGAGUCAGUACCAGAACAUGCACAAAAUCUUGAUGGCCUCACUGCCGACAUCUUAGCGGGUCUUCAGGUAACCCAGAUUAAGAAAGUCCGUGUUCUCAUUGAUGAGGCCAUCCUGAAGUGCGACGCCGAGCGUGUGAAACUGGAGGCAGAGCGGUUUGAAAGCCUCCGAGAAAUUGGAAACCUUCUCCACCCCUCUGUGCCCAUCAGCAACGACGAGGAUGCAGAUAACCGAGUGGAGAGGAUCUGGGGAGACUGCGCGGUGAGGAAGAAGUACUCCCACGUGGACUUGGUGGUGAUGGUGGAUGGCUACGAGGGAGAAAAGGGGGCCAUAGUAGCUGGAAGUAGAGGGUACUUCCUGAAGGGUGCCCUGGUUUUCCUUGAGCAGGCACUGAUCCAGUAUGCUCUGCAGACCCUGCUCAGCAAGGGAUACACCCCUAUUUACACACCCUUCUUCAUGAGGAAAGAGGUGAUGCAGGAGGUGGCUCAGCUCAGUCAGUUUGAUGAGGAGCUUUACAAGGUCAUUGGCAAGGGCAGUGAGAAAUCAGAGGACAGCUCCCUCGAUGAGAAGUACCUGAUUGCUACCUCUGAGGAGCCAAUUGCAGCUUUGCACAGGGAUGAGUGGCUGAAGCCGGAGGAUCUGCCCAUCAGAUAUGCUGGGCUGUCCACCUGCUUCAGGCAGGAAGUUGGCUCGCACGGCCGUGACACCAGAGGCAUCUUCCAAGUGCACCAGUUUGAAAAGAUUGAGCAGUUUGUCUAUGCGUCGCCUCAUGAUAACAAAUCGUGGGAGAUGUUUGAUGAAAUGAUCGCAACUGCUGAGGAGUUCUACCAGUCGCUGGGCAUUCCUUACCACAUCGUCAAUAUUGUCUCAGGCUCCCUGAACCAUGCUGCCAGUAAGAAGCUGGACCUCGAGGCUUGGUUCCCAGGGUCGGGCGCCUUCCGGGAGCUGGUCUCCUGCUCCAACUGCACAGACUACCAGGCCCGUCGCCUGCGGAUCCACUACGGGCAGACCAAGAAAAUGAUGGACAAAGUGGAGUUUGUCCAUAUGCUAAAUGCUACCAUGUGUGCCAUGACCCGCACAAUCUGUGCCAUCCUGGAGAACUACCAGACACAGGAUGGCAUCGUCAUACCAGAAAAACUGAAGAGUUUCAUGCCACCAGGUACAGCUUGGAAACCCCUUCACGUGGCACCCCUCCAGCAGUGGAGAAGGGGGAGGGAAGGUUGUGGCAAGAAACCAGCUGGUGGCGAUAGCAUCCUGGAAGGGCGAAUGCAGAACAUGGGCGUAAACAACGCCUAA